AUGUCGGAUUUAUCUGCACAGUUAUCAGCAUUCAAGAAUAAGAUCAAGAGUGGACCAUCAGUAACGGUGGCAAGGAAACCAGUACUUGUCAAACCUACAUCCCCCUUAAUAACCAGCCCUUUACGUAAUUCAACUGAUGCAAAUGGUAAUACUACAACAACCAAUAAUAAUAAAAGACUGGCUACCGGUAGUAGUAAUAGCAUGGCAGAGGUUUUAAAACGACAGAAAUCUUCUUCUGCUGCUAUGGACGGAAUGUCCGGUUCGCAUUUAUCAACUCAAUUACAUUUAGCAGUUGAAUAUAUUAAAGAACAUGAUACACCUGUACCUGUUUCAAAAUUACAAAAUUAUUUAUCAUUUGAUAUAACGCAUACAUUAUUACCAUUAUUAAGAGAAAUCGAUAGGAUUAAAUAUGAUCCGGUAAAUGCUACUUUAGAAUAUGUUUCAUUACAUAAUAUUCGAAGUGGAGAAGAUUUAUUGGAUUUCCUUAGAAGACAAGCUACUUUCAAAGGCAUAUCGGUCAAGGAUUUAAAAGAUGGUUGGGCUGGUUGUUUACAAGCAAUCAAUGAAUUAGAAGCAGAGAAUAAAAUAUUGGUAUUACGGAAUAAAAAAGAAAAUGCCCCACGAUUAGUUUGGGCAAAUGCUGGUGGAGAAUUAGGGACAAUAGAAGAUGAAUUUAAAGAAAUGUGGAUAAAUACCAAACUUCCAGAACCGGAUAAUUUAUAUCAAGCAUUAUUGGAUCAAGGUUUGAAACCUACUGGUGCUGAUCCUGCUUUGAUUAAAAAGAAGCCUCAACAACAGGACAAGAAACAAAAGAAGGCAAGAAGAGGAAGAAUUACGAAUGUUCAUAUGAAGGGUGUCUUAAAAGAUUACUCUCAAUUGGUUUAA